UAUAUUCUAUUCUUCAACAUAUUUAUAAUAUUAAGAGAAAUCUUGUUUAAUUGAUUACAUCAAUUUAUGUAAAUUACAUUGCGCAGUCGCUUUUUCUUUCAAAGAAACGCGCGAGAUUAACUGAAAACUAAGAAUCGAUUAUUAUGAAUCGAUGCACGUGAUGUAUAUAAUACGGUAUAAUUUAUAAAAUUUAUAUUAUCAUAUAAAUUUAUAUGUUUAUAAAUUUAAUGAUAAGCAAUAUAUUUAUUUCAUGAAUAAUUUUAUUGAUAUUUUAAAAGAAAAAAUAGCAUUAAAUGAUAUCUUUAUAACCUUUAACAUUGAAUUUAUGUUAUAACAAAACAAAACAAAAAUUACUUACUUCUAAGGAAUAAUGGAAGUUAAUAUAGGAGAUGUAGUAAUGCCUGGUGAUACUAUAAAAGAUAUUACAAUAAUUAACAAAAAAGAAACGAUUAUUUUAGGACCUGGGCUUCGUCGUGAAGCUGAUACAGUCUUUGCAUAUAAAGCAGGUAUAUUAAAGAAAACAGAACCAGCUGUAUAUUAUGUUGAUAGUUAUCAGAAACGAUAUGUACCAAAUCGUGGAGAACAUGUAGUUGGUAUAGUAACACAAAAAGGUGGUGAUAUUUUCAAAGUAGAUAUAGGUGCUAGUGAACAAGCAUCUCUUUCUUAUUUAGCAUUUGAAGGAGCUACUAAAAAAAAUCGCCCUGAUAUUCAAGUUGGAGAUCUUGUAUUUGCUAAGCUUUUAGUUGCUAGUAAAGAUAUGGAACCUGAACUCGUAUGUGUAGAUUCACAUGGUAAAGAAAAGAAAUUAGGUGCUUUAAGCUCUGAAGGCAUGCUUUUUACUUGUUCCUUGAGUCUUAUUAGAAAGAUAUUAAAUCGUAAUUCACCAUUAUUUAAAACACUUGCUCAUAAUCAAGCAUUUGAAGUUGCAGCUGGUAUGAAUGGUAGAGUCUGGGUCAAAGCAAGGACUAUUCAAGAAACAAUAGCAAUAGCAACUGCUAUUUUAGCAGCAGAAUAUGCUCCACCUAAUGGUAUAAAAAAACUAUGCUCUGAUAUUGAAAAGACCUUACUUUUAACUCAAUCUGCUGGUAUAGAUUAAUUGUAAUAAAAGAAAUAUCCAAUAUUACGUAUGAAUGAUUAUUUAUUGUAUUAAUAUUUUUAAUGAUUUUUAUAAAUAAAUCAAUGAUUUCUUAUAUGAAA